CACCGACCCCCUCACACACCGGCAGCGGCCCCGCCUGCGCUGCGGGUGGGGCGAGGGGAGCCUCGGAGAGCGGGAGCCGCCAGCACCGGGGCUGCGGCGGGAGGAGCGCGGCUGACGCGGCAGAGCGAGGGCAGGGGAGGCAGGAGGAAGAGGCCCGACGGACGAACGGGCGGCGGGACGUACGGACAGGCACCCCUCGGGCAGGCCCGGCCCGGCCCGGCCGGCGGGAGGGAGGUGGGCAGAUUACAUGAUGGAAUUCACAUUUUCUCAAGAAAAACUGUGUAUCUUGGAUCAAUGCCGUUGAAGAUACCUUCUGUUACAACACCUGAAGCAGGGUCCUGUAACAUUCAUCAGAAGAACAUAUACAAUGGAUCACAAAGAAAGCUGCCCAAGUGUUAGUAUUCCGAGCUCUGAUGAACACAGGGAGAAGAAAAAAAGAUUUACUGUUUACAAAGUGUUGGUGUCAGUUGGCAGAAAUGAGUGGUUUGUCCUCAGACGGUAUGCAGAGUUUGAUAAACUGUACAAUACGCUAAAGAAGCAAUUUCCCACCAUGAACCUGAAGAUUCCAGCUAAAAGAAUAUUUGGAGACAAUUUUGACCCUGAUUUUAUUAAACAGAGAAGAGCAGGACUGAAUGAAUUCAUUCAAAAUUUAGUUAGACAGCCAGAGCUAUGCAACCACCCAGAUGUCAGAGCAUUUCUUCAAAUGGAUAACCCAAAACACCAGUCAGAUCCAUCUGAAGAUGAAGAUGAAAGGAGCAGUCGGAAGAAUAUCAACUCUACCUCACAGAAUAUCAACUUGGGACCAUCUGGAAAUCCUCAUGCUAAGCCAACAGACUUUGAUUUCCUGAAAGUUAUUGGGAAAGGCAGCUUUGGCAAGGUUCUUCUUGCAAAACGAAAACUGGAUGGGAAAUACUAUGCUGUCAAAGUGCUGCAGAAAAAAAUUGUUCUUAAUAGGAAAGAGCAAAAACAUAUUAUGGCUGAACGUAAUGUGCUUUUGAAAAAUGUGAAACACCCAUUUUUGGUUGGAUUACAUUACUCAUUCCAAACAACGGAAAAGCUUUACUUUGUCCUGGAUUUUGUUAAUGGAGGAGAGCUGUUCUUUCACUUGCAAAGAGAACGUUCCUUUCCUGAGCACAGAGCCAGAUUUUAUGCUGCUGAAAUAGCCAGUGCACUGGGCUACUUACACUCCAUAAAUAUAGUGUACAGGGAUUUAAAACCAGAAAACAUUCUCCUAGAUUCAUUAGGUCAUGUUGUAUUGACAGACUUUGGACUUUGUAAAGAAGGGAUUGCAAGUUCUGAUACCACUGCAACUUUCUGUGGGACACCAGAAUAUCUUGCACCAGAAGUCAUUAAAAAGCAGCCCUAUGACAACACAGUAGACUGGUGGUGCCUUGGUGCAGUUCUUUAUGAAAUGCUUUAUGGGCUGCCUCCUUUUUACUGCCGUGAUGUUGCUGAGAUGUACGAGAAUAUUCUUCAUAAACCCCUAGUUUUGCGCCCAGGAAUCAGUCUUACAGCCUGGUCUAUCCUGGAAGAGCUUUUGGAGAAAGAUCGGCAAAACAGACUUGGAGCAAGGGAAGAUUUUCUUGAAAUUCAAAAGCACCCAUUCUUUGAAUCUCUCAGCUGGACUGAUCUUCUUCAGAAGAAGAUCCCGCCGCCAUUUAAUCCUAAUGUGGUUGGACCAGAUGACAUUGGGAAUUUUGAUGCAGUGUUUACAGAAGAAAUGGUCCCAUACUCCGUCUGCGUUUCUUCAGAUUACAACAUUGUUAAUGCCAGUGUCCUUGAGGCAGAUGAUGCAUUUGUUGGAUUUUCUUACGCACCACCUUCUGAAGAUAUGUUUUCUUAGGAAGCUAGAAGCCAUGGUGUUUUGGAAGUCUCGGGGUGAACUGAAGUGUUAGGGUUAUGGACACAUUCCAAAAUAGCGUAACUAGUGCCUCGUUUUGUAUGUAGGUUUGAAACCUAUGAACAAACUUUCUCUGCUGUAUAGGAGGAAUUUAGGCAUUUUGGAUGGCUUUGUGGGGGGUUUGAACUGUUUGUUUCUGCUGCAGAAAAUAUUUUUAAAACCUCUAAAAAGCAUUCUCUACAUAUAUUUUAAGCAAAAAAACACUGACUGUUCUCCUCAGUCCCUUCCAAGUUUACAUUCACACCUAAUCUAAGAUUUGGCUGGCACAAACAGCAGAAAAUUUAGUAAAUUUAUAAAUGCUUUUGUACCUAUUUGUGCUUGAAUUGUAACUAUGCAAAUUGUCUUUUGUAUAUCCUGGUUUAAGAAAGGUAAAUGUUUUCCCUGUUAUAUCAGUUUGAAAUAUAUGUUAGUUUACCUGUCAGCACUUAAAUUAGGGGUUAAUAGAAGUUAAGACCCAGGCUCUUAAAGGACUUCUAGAGAAUGAAAAAUUGGUCAUGUAAAACUGGAUUGUUGCUCUUGCACUUGCUGCAGUGCUGUUCACUCCACUGGAUUAUCUAAGGUAUUGGGGAUAAGUCAAAGCAAGGAUGGAACAAAUUAACUGGAUUGAUGUAGUAACAUUACUGAUCAUGUGUUCUACUCUUCUUUCCUCCCUAAGAUAAAUAAGUCUAUAUUUCAACUACAUUAAAAAUAUUUUUGGUUAAAACUCUGCUUUUCCAAAGAUCUAAUAUGCAAUAAUCACUGUUACUUUAAAAGGCUAUCUUGCUUUGACCUUUCAGGGGUGGGUGGUGGGGGGACCAUGCCAAAUACUAGGGAUUUUUCUCACGGAUUUACGGUUUGAAACACUAAUAUGUUCCAAAUUGAUUGUAUUUUAGCAGUCAUAGCUACUUGUCUUUGUGUUCCAGUUUGCACCAUCUUUAAAUCUUCACUUGAUAUUAGGAGGAAAAAAUGUAAAUUAUGCUGAUAAUUUUAAAAAUGUGAAAAGCUGUUGUACUUCUCAUAACAUACACAUGUAUGGACAAACGGCUAACUGAACAAUUUCUGUUUAAGGAAAUUUUUUUAAACAAUGCAAAUAUUGACUGCAGUUACAGUGUAUAAAUGCCUAUCACAGUAGUAGUUUUAUUAUAUAUACUACUUGUAAAUAACAACUUAUUUUUGUCUGUUA